AAAACCCCCUCGUCUUUCUCCGCUCCGAUCCCCCGGCGUCCAACCUCCUCCUCCUCUCCAAACCCCGGCGCGCGCAACAAAGCUCCGGGCAUGGCGACCGCCGGGGGCGCCGCCGCCGCCGCCGCGCCGCAGGCAAUGGACGAGAAGGCCCGGCGCACGCGCGACCUCCUCGCGAGCUUCUACAACACCGACCCGUCCGCCGCUGCGGCCGCGGCCGCGGCGUCCUCCGCGGCGCGGCCAUCCCCUACCGCGGCCUCCGCGUCGCCGCUCGACACCAUCAACUCGGCCUCCUUCGAUCCCGACGUCUACAUGAACGUCCUGGUGCAACAAUCAAAUCUGGAAGCUCUUUUACAGAGGCAUGUGAAGAUGGCCGCUGAGAUCAAGAAUCUGGAUACAGACUUACAAAUGCUAGUAUAUGAGAAUUAUAACAAGUUUAUCAGCGCAACUGACACUAUAAAAAGGAUGAAGACUAACAUUGUUGGCAUGGAAGCAAACAUGGAGCAGCUCCUUUCAAAGAUAACAUCAGUGCAAUCAAGAAGUGACACAGUGAAUACAUCUCUUUUUGACAAGAGGGAAAACAUAGAGAAACUACAUCGUACACGCAAUCUCCUCCGAAAAGUUCAAUUCAUAUAUGACCUGCCGACUCGGCUUAACAAAUGCAUCAAGACAGAAGCAUAUGCGGAUGCUGUCAGAUUUUUUACUGGAGCAAAACCUAUUUUCGAGGCUUAUGGCGACACUUCCUUUCAUGACUGUAAAAAAGCAUCUGAGGAGGCAAUCGAUUUAGUUACACAGCACUUGAAGACAAAAUUAUAUUCAGAUUCUGAACCUAUUGAAUCAAGAGCAGAAGCUGUGGUGCUUCUUAAACAGCUCAACUUUCCGGUGGACAGCCUGAAAUCAAACCUACUUGAGAAGUUAGAAGAUUGCCUCUUAAAUUUCCAGAAGGAGCCCACACAGGCUUCAAUUGGUGAUAUUUCAAAGACAUUCCGUGCUUAUCUCAUAAUAUUUCCUGAUUCAGAAAAGCGCCUCAUUGAACUUGCACAGGCUUUGUUCUCAAACCGGUAUGAAACGGUCAGAGAGAAUCUGAGGAAAAGAAUUCCAUCAACAUAUCUAUUGGCUAUGUUACGAUCCUUAUGGGAGGACGCCACUGCCAUUGAUGAAGUUAUACCUGAGGCUGCAUUACCAGCUUUUUCUCUGGAGACUACUCGGGAUAUUAUUAGACAACAUAUCGCAACUGCCUUUCUUCAUCUUCAAAGUGAAAUAUCAGAUGUACUCGCCAGAACACCCUCGACAUCAAAUGGGAAGUUAGAAGAGUCACAGCUGCAAACUGCCAUGGAAACAAGCAAGGUUAAAGUAUUGCAAGGAUGUAUAGAUCUCCUGCAGGAAUUUCAUCAUCUUAUAGAUGGCAAUACAGAGUUACUUGUAAAACUGAGAGAUUUGGUUAUUGAUUGGGUACAAGAAGGUUUUCAAGAUUUCUUUCAGAAACUUGAUGGGCAUUUUCAUAUGCUUUCUGGGAGAAGCAAGAGUCCAUCUCAAGAGAUGGAAUCGGUGCAAAUUGAUAAGGUUCCAACGGCUUUGGUGCUUAUGCUUGCACAACUUUGUGUUUUCAUAGAACAAACAGCAAUUCCCAAAGUCACAGAGGAGUUGGCUUCUUCUUUUUCUGGAGGUGGUGCACGUAGCUAUGAAUAUGGGCCACCUUUUGUGCCUGGAGAGAUAUGCCGGCUUUAUCGUUCAUCUGGGGAGAAGUUCUUACAUCAUUACAUAAAUAUGAAGACACAGAAGAUCUCCAAACUUCUUAAUAAACGAUUUACAACUCCAGUCUGGAUAAAGCACAAGGAGCCGCGGGAAGUGAAUAUGUUUGUUGAUCUACUUCUCCUAGAGUUCAAUGGAGUAGUGUCUGAAGUCAAACAGGUAUUACCUGGUUUGAUUCGGCGACAUCGACAUUCUGAUAGCACUGGCAGCACAACUUCCUCAAGAAGUAAUCCAAUGCGAGAGGACAUGUUGAACCGAUCAAACACACACCGUGCCAGAAGUCAAUUUUUAGAAAAUCAUCUAGCAAAAUUAUUCGAGCAGAAAAUGGAAAUAUUCACCAAAGUUGAAUACACACAGGAAUCUGUAAUUUCUGCUGUCCUCAAGCUCUGCCUGAAAAGCUUGCAAGAAUUUGUUCGGCUUCAGACAUUCAACAGAAGUGGAUUUCAGCAAAUUCAGCUGGAUAUGGAAUUUCUCAAGACAUCCCUUAAGGAGUUUGUUGAUGAUGAAGCAGCUAUUAGCUUUUUACUUAAAGAGGUGAACAAUGCUGCUCACGAGAGAUGUCUUGACCCAAUCCCUCUCGAGCCGCCCAUAUUGGAUAAGCUCAUCAGUGCAAAACUAGCAAAGAUUAAAGAGCAAAGUCCAAAUAUGCAGUAGCUACGCCCAAUUGGUUAUUCCUUCCCCUAGCAAUCAGUUUCAUCUGGUCAUACACCGUUCACAGCUAUGUGCAUAUGUAAAUCUGUCAAACACUCAAACUGAACCAACUCACCCCGAAAAUGUAAUACUAUGUUGAGCUCUCAGCAUCGAGAAAUGCUCUGUUAGUCUUGUGUGCAUUGUCUCGAGUUCAGGGGAAAUAUUGAUGAUCAAGGACUUGAAUUUAAUCAAACGUGAGUCCACCGUCCACAUUAAUUCAAUUUUGUGAGGAAGCAACACAUGUAUAAGGGCGUGUUUUCAUAUCUUGCGUACAUGACAAUUUUUGCCACCCGUUUUCAUAUAUAAAUCAUCUUUGUAUUA